UCACUCUUCGAGAGCUGCGGUUGGGGAUUCUCACAUUGAUGGUUGCAAGGGGAGUAGUUAGUGUUCCCAGAGAGCGAAACUGUGCUGGGCUAGGAAAGUGUUGGAUUAACCUUAGACUUUACGGGGGCACAAACAAGAGAGGGAACUUUUGAAUCAGCCAAACGGGACCAUACUUUUUUCCCCUCUUGGAUAGGAGAGCGGACUCAAGUUUUCAUCAUGCCGGUUUUUCACACAAAGACGAUAGAAAGUAUCCUAGAGCCGGUGGCUCAGCAGAUAUCCCAUCUGGUGAUAAUGCACGAAGAAGGUGAGGUGGACGGGAAAGCUAUCCCGGAUCUCACGGCUCCCGUGGCUGCGGUUCAGGCAGCUGUCAGCAACCUGGUUCGGGUGGGGAAAGACACUGUCCAGACCACAGAAGACCACAUAAUGAAGAGAGACAUGCCUCCAGCUUUCAUCAAGGUGGAGACUGCGUGCACCAAGCUGGUGCAGGCGGCGUCCAUGUUGAAAGCAGACCCUUACUCCGUCCCUGCUCGAGAUUACCUCAUCGACGGCUCCCGUGGAAUCCUCUCUGGCACCUCUGACCUGCUGCUCACCUUCGACGAGGCUGAGGUUCGUAAAAUCAUUCGUGUGUGUAAAGGUAUCCUGGAGUACCUGACCGUGGCAGAGGUGGUGGAAUCCAUGGAGGAUCUGAUCACGUACACCAAGAACCUGGGACCUGGGAUGACCAAGAUGGCCAAGAUGAUUGACGAGAGACAGCAGGAGCUGACCCAUCAAGAACACCGCGUGAUGCUAGUCAAGUCUAUGAACACUGUCAAGGAGUUGCUGCCUGUCCUCAUCUCAGGUAUCAAGAUCUUUGUGACAACCAAGACGUCCGGCAGCCAGGGAGUAGAGGAGUCUCUGAAGAACAGGAACUUCACCUUCGAGAAGAUGAGCGCUGAGAUCAACGAGAUUAUCAGGGUGCUGCAGCUCACUUCCUGGGACGAAGACGCCUGGGCCAAUAAGAAGGACACAGAGGCCAUGAAGAGAGCUCUGGCACUCAUCGACUCUAAAAUGACCCAGGCCAAGAGCUGGCUGAGGGACCCCGACGCCCAACCAGGGGAUGUGGGAGAACAGGCCAUCCGUCAGAUCCUGGAUGAGGCUGGGAAGGUGGGAGAGCUGUGUGCUGGGAAGGAGCGGAGGGAUAUCCUGGGAACAUCCAAAACCCUGGGGCAAAUCACUGACCAGGUGUCUGAGAUGAGGGCCAGGGGUCAGGGGGCAUCUCCUGCAGCCAAACAGAAGGCCCAGCAGGUCUCCCAGGGCCUGGAUGUUCUCGCGGGGAAAGUGGAGAAUGCAGGCCGGAAACUGGAGGCCAUGACCAACUCCAAACAGGUCAUCGCCAAGAGGAUUGACGCUGCUCAGAACUGGCUGGCAGACCCUAACGGUGGUCCUGAGGGAGAGGAAAACAUUAGAGCCCUCCUGUCUGAGGCCAAGAAGAUUGCUGACAUGUGUGAAGACCCCAAGGAGAGAGACGACAUCCUGAGGUCCAUCGGAGAGAUGGCUGCUCUCACCGCCAAGCUCUCUGAGCUCCGGAGACAGGGUAAAGGUGAUACUCCGGAGGCCAGGGCAUUGGCGAAGCAGAUAGCCACAGCCCUACAGAACCUGCAGUCUAAGACCAGCAAGGCUGUUGCCAACAGCAGGCCUGCCAAGGCUGCUGUCCACCUGGAGGGGAAGAUUGAACAGGCCCAGAGCUGGAUGGAGAACCCCACCAUGGAUGACGGGGGAGUGGGCCAGGCAGCUAUCCGGGGGCUGGUGGCGGAGGGCCGUCGUCUGGCUAACGCUCUGCCAGGUCCCUACAGACAGGAGCUGGUAGGGAAGUGUGAGCAGGUGGAACAGCUGAUGGCCCAGCUAGCCGACCUGGCCGCCAGGGGUGAUGGGGAGUCCCCGCAGGCGCGUGCCGUGGCUCAACAUCUCCAGGAGAGCCUGAAAAACCUCAAAGGAACGAUGCAGGAAGCGAUGACACAGGAGGUGUCCGACAUCUUUAGCGACACGACCACACCCAUCAAACUGCUGGCUGUGGCCGCCACCGCCCCACCCAACGCCCCCAACAGGGACCAGGUGUUUGAUGAGAGGGCGGCCAACUUUGAAAACCACGCCAACAAGCUGGCUGCCACGGCAGAGAAGGCUGCCGCUGUAGGAACCGCUAACAAGAGCACUGUGGAGGGGAUUCAAGCUGCCGUCAAAUCUACAAGAGAUAUUACACCACAGGUGGUCUCUGCUGCCCGUAUCCUGCUGAGAAACCCAGGCAACCAGGCUGCGUUGGAGCACUUUGAGACCAUGAACAACCAGUGGAUUGACAACGUGGAGAAAAUGACAGGUUUGGUGGACGAGGCUAUAGACACCAAGUCUCUGUUGGAUGCCUCUGAGGAGGCCAUUAAGAAAGACCUGGAGAAAUGUCGCGCUGCCAUGGCUAACCACCAGCCCCAGAUGUUAGUGGUAGGGGCCACCAGCAUCGCCCGUCGGGCCAACCGGAUCCUCCUGGUAGCCAAACGGGAGGUGGAGAACUCUGAGGAUCCUAGAUUCAGGGAGAUAGUGAAGGCUGCGUCUGAUGAGCUGAGCCGGACCAUAUCUCCCAUGGUGAUGAACGCCAAGGCUGUGGCUGGGAACAUCACCGAUCCAAGUCUGCAGAAGGGCUUCCUGGAUUCAGGCCAUAGGAUCCUGGGGGCCGUUGCCAAGGUGAGAGAUGCGUUCCAGCCACAGGAACCAGACUUCCCCCCACCACCACCUGAUCUGGACCAGCUGCACGUCAGCGACGAGCCCGCCCCACCAAAACCACCUCUCCCCGAGGGUGAGGUUCCUCCCCCCAGACCCCCUCCCCCAGAGGAGAAGGACGAGGACUUCCCAGAGCAAGAGGUGGGAGAGAUGGUGAGCGAGCCCAUGAUGAUGGCCGCCAGACAGCUCCACGAGGAAGCCCGCAAGUGGUCCAGCAAGGGUAACGACAUCAUCGGUGCAGCCAAGAGGAUGGCCCUGCUCAUGGCUGAGAUGUCCCGUCUGGUGCGCGGUGCCGGCGGGAACAAGCGUGCCCUCAUUCAGUGUGCCAAAGACAUCGCAAAAGCCUCAGACGAGGUCACAAAGUUGGCCAAGGAGGUGGCCAAGCAGUGCACAGACAAACGCAUCCGGACCAACCUGCUCCAGGUGUGUGAGCGCAUCCCUACCAUCAGCACACAGCUGAAGAUCCUCUCCACAGUCAAGGCCACCAUGUUGGGUCGUACCAACAUCAGCGAGGAGGAGUCCGAGCAGGCCACAGAGAUGUUGGUCCACAAUGCCCAGAACCUGAUGCAGUCUGUGAAGGAGACUGUUAGAGAGGCCGAGGCUGCCUCCAUCAAGAUCCGGACGGAUGCCGGUUUCACCCUGCACUGGAUCCGAAAGACCCCCUGGUACCAGUAAGAAGAGACGGGCCCGACUGUUGGUUAUUCUGUUCCUCUGCCCAAAGCCCAGCCUGGUCAGAAGAAGAAAACAGCCAGACUCUCUGAGCAGUAGAUUUGAUGAACACAUGCAUACUAAUUCCAAGCUACAAUGAAUGAAAACGGCCACUUUUUAAAAAGCCCAGCCUGGUUAGGGUGAAAACCUUGAGUUAAUACUGAAAACACUAUUUAUCAGUCGAUGUCAAUCCCAUACGUGUCUGUAAACAGUGACCGUUUUGUUCAAAAAUAAAGUAGGGGACUAUCCAAUGCAACUAUAACAUGAUUCAGAAUGAUUCUUACUUGCAAUUUUCUUUUCUAAUUGUAUGUAUAAAAAAAAUAUAUAUAUACAAAAUAUAUAUAUAAAAAUUUAAAAAAAUAAAUGAAAUGUGUUUUAAGAUCUUAUGAGAAAUCCCAGGUAUAUAUUUUUUGAUUAGAGGUUUCUUUUCGUAUAGAGUAAGGUUAAAGGUGUACUAGUCUCAGUUAUACAUACAAUGGUGAGAAGAGGGCCUUGAAGUUAAAAUUAGAAUAUUAAGAUGUUUUUCCUUGGAAGGCCUUUUUUAUAUAUAUCUUUAUACUGGUUCUUAAUUUCACUAUCUGCCACGUGUAGUCGCUCACCUUCGCUAGGACAAAGCACAUCUGCUCCAACUCAAUGGGAGUGAGUUCAAUGAUAUCAGAAAAAUCUGUUCUACACAAAUAUAAUCGACUAUUCAGUGGUAUUACACUAUGUUAUAGAAACUUUAAAAAAGAAACACUGUUCCUUGUUCUACAUUUUUAUUAAAUGGUGUGGUGGUUUUUGGUAGCUAUUUUUUUUUGUCUUUUUUUUUUGUCAGUACUGCCAAAGAGUUUAUUCUAGCCUGGUCCCAGAUCUGUUUGUGCUCUUUGCAUCUACUUCAUUGUGCCAUGACAAUGAGUGACAGGGAGUCGGUGUGAUAGCACUAAACAGCCUGGCACUCAUGCUAGGUUUGUUCCACCAUUAACUUUUUCUGUCUUGGGGUUUUAUUAUAUCUGCAAUAUUGGAAAACAUAAUGAUGAGCUCUUCAGACACUUUGGGUAGAGACUGUCUUAUUCACUUAGAACACAUUUCUGUUAAGAUACUGGCAUUCAGCUCUAUAUGUUUCUGGCUUGAUUGUUUUUGCUCACAUUGUUGCAUUGAGAUUACAUGUAGGCCUUAGGUCUGGUGCUCUCUUCUUUGUGCUUCUCAGUGAAACUAUAGCAAGCCAGGCUCCAUGUCUUUGCCUGACUAGAGGCCAGCUAUCGUGUAAUGUUUAAACUGUGUCUUGACCUAAUGUGGUGAAGGAUUAAUGAAUGAUGCAUCAAAUGCUUUGAAGAUAAAGAGACUGGAGUGAUAGUCUGGGGGGGGGUGAUAAAGAUUCUGGUUCUGGAGGAUGAAGAGGGAACAUAUUUAACGUGUUUAUUUCGAGGGGGGGGGGGUUUCUAGGACUAGGUUUAAUCCAGGAGACCACCACUGUGUGUAAGUUUAAUACGUCACAUGAAACUGGUGAUGAGAUAUCAGCCUUCUCUUCCUCUCGUAUCUUCAAGCUACACUAAACAUUACACAGCUGGUACAAACGGUUGACGUUUUGAAACGUUUUCUCUUGUGUCUGAAUAAUUCCAGAGCAGUUUGAAUGUGUACGAUUAUUGAGACCCUACAAAACCAUCUGAUGUGCCCUGUAAUAAAAAGACUGAUUGCAAUAAA